AUGGUGCUCAUCGACAAGCAGGAAUACAUCACACAGGAGGAGAAGCGUCUGCAAGAAGAUCGCGAGCGCACCCGUUACUGGAAGAAAUGGGGUCCCUACGUGGCGGAGCGUCAAUGGGCAACUGUGCGCGAAGAUUACUCCGAGGACGGUGAUGCCUGGAGCUAUUUCACUCACGACCAUGCGCGGUCGCGAGUCUUCCGUUGGGGUGAAGAUGGUAUUGCCGGUGUCUCCGACACCCACGGUCUCCAGAACAUUGCCUUUUCGUUCUGGAACGGAGAAGAUGACUUCCUCAAGGAACGUCUGUUCGGUCUGUCCAACCCUCAGGGUAACCAUGGUGAGAGUAUCAAGGAGUGCCAUUUCCACGUCGACAACACCCCGACGUAUUCUGUACAGCAUUCAUACAUGAAAUUCUUGUACAAGUAUCCCCAGCGAAAAUUCCCCUACCAGGACUUGGUGGAUGAAAAUGCCAAGCGCACCCGCUUGGAGCGCGAAUAUCAGCUGCUGGAUACUGGUAUUUUCGAGGACAACCGAUACUGGGACAUCUUCAUUGAGACUGCCAAAGAGAGCGAUAACGAGGAAGAGUUGAUCUUCCGAGUCAUUGCAUACAACCGUGGUCCUGACCCGGCCCCUCUGCACAUCAUUCCCCAGGUGUGGUUCAGGAAUACCUGGUCCUGGGGUGGUGACAAGACCAAGGAGAAGCCCAGCAUGAAGCAGGAAGGCGAGCGUGUUGCCAAGUCCGAUCAUCACAAGCUGGGUGAGCGAUAUGCUUGCUUUGCGCCUUCGCCUCCCGUGGGAUCGAGCGACGAGGAUAUUCAGCCCCAGUUGCUCUUCACCGACAACGAGACGAACCACAAGAAACUGUGGGGGACAGAGAAUGACUCGCCCUACGUCAAGGAUGGUUUCCACCGCCACAUUGUGGAAGAGGAGAAGGAUGCCGUGAACCCCGCCAACGAGGGUACCAAGAUGGCCGCCUGGUAUUCCUUCGACAAAGGCGGGGGUGUUCCUCCCGGCGAAUGUGCUGUCGUGCGUUUCCGUUUCUCCCGCAACAAGGUCGAGUUUGUCGACGAGGAAGUCCUGGACGACGUGAUCGAACAGCGCCGGGCCGAAGCAGACGACUUCUAUUACCGUAUCAGUCCCCUCCCCAUGAGCGAUGACUUGCGCAACAUUCAGCGUCAAGCCUUUUCGGGUAUGAUGUGGUGCAAGCAGUACUACAACUUCAUCUGGGAUCAAUGGAGCAACGGCGACCCAGGCAUGAUUCCUCCUCCUUCAGGUCGCAAGGGCAUUCGCAACGAGCAAUGGCGUCACUUGCACAUCGAUGACAUAUUGUCAAUGCCCGACUCGUGGGAAUACCCCUUCUUCGCCGCAUGGGACACUGCUUUCCACUGUAUCCCCUUGGCCAUGAUCGACCCCGACUUUGCAAAGAAGCAGUUGGAUCUCCUCACUCGCGAAUGGUACAUGCACCCCAACGGCCAGCUUCCGGCCUACGAAUGGAACUUUGGCGAUGUGAACCCGCCCGUCCACGCCUGGGCCGUCUUCCGUACCUUCAAGAUUGAGCGUAAGAUGUACGGUCGUCAGGACUUGGACUUCCUGGAGAGAGUCUUCCAGAAACUCCUGCUGAACUUCACUUGGUGGGUCAACCGCAAGGACUCAGACGGAAAGAACGUCUUUGAAGGUGGUUUCCUGGGUCUGGAUAACAUUGGUCUGUUCAAUCGCUCAGAGCCUCUGCCAACGGGUGGUGUCCUGGAGCAAGCCGAUAGUACCGGCUGGAUGGCAUUCUACUGCCUGACCAUGAUGAACAUUGCUUUGGAGCUGGCUAAGCACCGCCGCACAUACGAAGAUAUUGCGUCCAAGUUCUUCGAGCAUUUCAUCCUCAUCAGCGAUGCUUUGACCUACCGCUCCGGCGAGGACAGCAUCAAGUCCCUCUGGAACGAGGAAGACAACUUCUAUUAUGAUGCCAUUUCCUACGGUGGUCCCUGGACGCAGCAAUUGCCCGUGCGAUCCCUGGUCGGUCUCAUUCCCCUGUAUGCUGUGCUCACACUUGAGCCCGAGAUCAUCAACAAGUUCCCGUCGUUCAAGCGUCGGGUCGACUGGUUCAUUGAGCACAAGUCCGACGUAGCCGAGCGCAACAUUGCCAGCAUGAAGACUCGCGGUAAAGAUGACCGCCUUCUUUUGUCACUGGUUAGCAAGGACCGUUUGGAGAAGAUUCUUCGCCGUAUGUUGGAUGAGACCGAGUUCUUGGCCGAGCACGGUAUUCGAUCCAUGUCGAAGUACCACGAAGAGCACCCGUACUCUAUGGAUGUGAACGGGCAGACCUUCAAGGUUGGCUACGUGCCAGGUGAUUCGGACAGCGCCCUGUUUGGCGGUAACAGCAACUGGCGUGGUCCGAUCUGGCUGUGUGUCAAUUUCCUCCUUGUGGAGUCUCUGCUUCGUUUCUACAUGUUCUACGGUGACUCCUUCAAGGUCGAGUGUCCCACUGGAUCCGGUGAUUACAUGCAUCUGGGCCACGUCGCCGAGGAGCUGCAGCACCGUAUGCAGCAUCUCUUUGCCCGUAACGACGAGGGACGUCGUGCCAUCAACGGUCAAUCCGACCUGCUGGACUUUGACGAGCACUGGAAGGACUACCUGUGGUUCAACGAGUUCUUUGACGGUGAUACCGGACGUGGUCUUGGUACAUCCCACCAGUGUGGUUGGACUGGAUUGAUUGCCAAGAUUAUUCAUGACACCGGUCUCAAUUGCCGCCUGCCCCAGACUCCCCGCUCUCCCUUUGACGCCGCUUCGCAUUACUUCGACGAUAUGUUCUCCCGCAGUGGCCGUCGUCGCACCCCCGAUCGUCCCUUCAUUCGUCGAUCAUCGACCACCCGAUCCAUCGGCAAUCGGUCUAUAGGCAAUCGAAGCGACUUCAACUCCACUAUUGCCGGAGAUGCGACCCCGGCGCCUUCAGGCUACGACGACGACGAUGAUAGCAGGCCGAUCAGUCGUCAGGGCAGCACCGUGGGACUGUCACAGAACGGCCACGACGAUGAACAUCUGCAGAACUAUGUGACCAGCCAGCUGCAGCGCGUCCGGAGCUCAGCGUCCAUUGUUGAGAAUUACGAGGACGAGCUUGAGACGCAGGCUGAGAAGCAAAAUGGCGACUACUGA